AUGAGGCCGAACAGGUCUCCAGAGGAGAGCACUGAGGGAGAUGCCGGGAGAACAGAGUGGAAGCCCAAGGUGAGAGAUGCUUUCAAAGACAUCUCCGUAUACUUCUCCAAGGAACAAUGGGAGGAGAUGGGAGAAUGGGAAAAAAUCCGAUAUAGGAAUAUGAAAAGAAACUACGAAGCGCUGAUUGCUAUAGGUUUCAGAGCCACUCGACCGGAUUUCAUGCAUCACCGCAGGCAGGUCAUCAAGCCCCAGGUAGAUGACACUGAGGAUUCUGAUGAAGAAUGGACACCAAGGCAGCAAGGUAAACCUUCUUCGAUAGCCUUCAGAGUGGAGCACAGUAAACAUCAGAAGAGAAUGUCCAGGGCACCAUUAAGUAAGGAAUCUAGUUUGAAGGAAUUGCCGGGAGCAGCAAAAUUGCUGAAAACAAGUGGCUCCAAGCAGGCUCAGAAACCAGUGCCCCAUCACAGAAAAGCAAGGACCCCUGGACAGCACCCCAGACAAAAAGGCGAACUCAGAAGAAAAGAGACUGGAGUGAAGAGGUACAAUUUACGAGAAAGAAAGGGCCACAUAUACCAAGAGUUCAGCGAGCCCCAGGAUGACGACUACCUCUAUUGUGAGGACUGUCAGAACUUCUUCAUCGACAGCUGUGCUGCCCAUGGGCCCCCAACUUUUGUAAAGGACUGUGCAGUGGAAAAGGGGCAUGCCAACCGCUCAGCCCUCACUCUGCCCCCUGGGUUCAGCAUCAGACUGUCGGGCAUCCCUGACGCUGGGCUUGGAGUGUGGAACGAGGUGUCCGAUCUGCCGCUGGGCCUGCACUUUGGCCCCUAUGAGGGCAAGAUCACAGACGACGAAGAGGCCGCCAACAGUGGAUAUGCCUGGCUGAUCACCAAAGGGAGGAACUGCUAUGAGUAUGUGGAUGGAAAGGACACGUCUUGGGCCAACUGGAUGAGGUAUGUGAACUGUGCCCGGGACGACGAGGAGCAGAACCUGGUGGCCUUCCAGUAUCACGGGCAGAUCUUCUACCGAACCUGCCAGGUGGUCAGGCCGGGCUGUGAGCUGCUGGUCUGGUACGGGGAUGAGUAUGGUCAGGACCUUGGCAUCAAGCGGAACAGCAGGGGGAAGAGUGAGCCCGCGACCGGGAGAGAACCAAAGCCCAAGAUCCACCCAUGUGCCUCCUGCUCUCUGGCCUUCUCCAGUCAGAAAUUCCUCAGCCAACACAUCCAACGCAGUCAGCCCUCUCAGACCCUCCUGAGACCAUCUGAAAGAGACCUCCUCCAAACAGAGGAUCCCUGCCCAGGCAAUCAAAAUCAGCGAUAUUCAGAUCCACACAGCCCGAGCGACACACCUGAGGGUCAGGAGGCCAAGGACAGCGGCCAGGCCCCACCUGACACCGUGACUGCCCUCCACGGUCACACAGGACACCAGCAGUCACGGGACGGACAGCCAGCUGCCUCCGCCCCACGCUCCACCCUGACCACGGCGGCCCCGUGGCUGUACCAGCCCCGCCUGCACAAGGCUCUGCUUGGCUCCCAGGGCUCGGGGACCCUGGAAGACUGCACUUUGGCCUCGUGA